AUGUCCGGCGGAGGGGUUCGAUCGAGCGCGUGCAAGUUUGUGCAGUCUUACAUUGAAUCGGACUCUCUUUUGACAGCGCAGGAGCUGAAACGCCUCAAAGAGCACAAAUAUUCGGCAGUUGACAACAGUUGGCUGGAUGAAUUGUGCAUGAAGAGAUGGUGGGAGUAUGUCAUCAAUUUCUGCCCAAUGUGGAUUGCUCCGAAUUUGAUUACACUUAUUGGCCUCGUCAUCAAUCUAGUCACCGUCUUAAUACUCUCGUCUUUCUCGUAUUCCGCAACUGAGCCUGCACCAUCUUGGGCAUAUCAUCAAGCUGCUUUGGGUUUAUUUUUUUAUCAAACCUUAGAUGCAAUUGAUGGCAAGCAGGCAAGACGAACGGGUAGUAGCUCACCAUUAGGUGAACUCUUUGAUCAUGGCUGCGACAGCAUGACGCAAGUUUUUGUAACUCUUAAUAUAUGUUACGCGAUGUCUCUCGGAACCGUUACCAACGGCGUUCUCAUUGUCUCGAUCAUUUCGGUCACGUUGUUCUAUUGUGCACACUGGUCUACUUAUUGCACCGGUCAAUUGAGAUUCUCAAGAUUUGAUGUCACUGAGGCUCAAAUGUCAGUCAUUGCUGUUCUUCUUACAACGGCUUUGUUUGGAAAUAAUAUUUGGGACAUUUCUUUGUUAUUCGGAUAUAAUUUGAAGCAUUUGGUUUUGUUUUCGUCAUUAAUCGUUUCUGCUUACCAAAUCUACGGUUAUAUGAAUGUGGUUUUAAGCGGAGGUGUUGGAAAAAAUGGAUCCACCAUUGCUGGAACUUCUGUCAUUUUCCCACUUUUCCCAUUACUUAUGGUAAUAAUGCCAUUCGUCAUGAUCUAUACACGUUCGGAAUCAGGAAUUUUAGAUGAGAACAUCACUUUGUUCUGUCUUUGCUUUGGGGCUGUCGGUGCAAAGGAAACCAACCGACUAGUUAUUGCACAUAUGUCGAAGAGUGAAUUGAGACAUUGGGAUUGGAUCUAUAUCGGGCCUUUGGCAUUAAUGUUGAACCAAUACUAUGAGUACCCAAUUAGCGAGUACAUCUUGUUGUGGAUUGCCACUAUCUAUUGUUAUGCUUCUCUGUUUAUUUAUUGCACAGUCGUCUGUCGCCAAUUCUGCGAGUUCCUAAAUAUUUAUAUAUUCGUGUUGGGUAACAGAGAGCCUAAAAAGACAUAUUUACUAUUUCCGGAAAACAUGGAAACCAAUAUAUUCUUGCCUAAAGUCCAACUAGGAAAAUUCGACGACGAGGAUGUUUUAAUAAUUUAG